AAGUAAAAAUGGAGUCUAGACUGGUGGAGGAAGGGAAAGACGACGAUGCAAGCGAAGACGACAUUGAUCAUAUCUGCGAGGAUUUCUCUGAAAAGGUUAACAAGGAACUUAUCGCGCAUACUGUGAAUAGGAUCAGUAAAUCACGGGAGAACCGAUCAAGAGAGAUCUCUCGGGAGACGAGAUCGCGAGAAAUCUCGCGCGAGCUCCGAGAGAAGGAUAUGGAGGAUAGGUUGCGAGGGACGGAUGAUGAAGAGGGAGAGGAGAGAGGGUUUACAAGAACACGGAGACGACACCGUCAUCAUACCAGGGAGGAUAAUGAACAAGGUGGUACUAUGGUAAAUAAACUAGUGUGGAGUACACAAUCAAUUCUUUCAAGAGUAUCCUCAUUCUUCCCUCUUCUCAGAUCUUUCAGCAAACAUUCCUCCGACAGUGGUUUUCAGUCCUUGCCUCCGUCCCGUCCUCUCUCCCGUCGAUCCUCUCUCUUCUCCCUUGGUUCCAGCUCCAUCAACGAUACUUCAGAUUCAGACGAGGAGUUCAUGAGUCAUGUCAAGGUAGUCCCUGGAGGAGUAAUUACAGAUGAUUACACAUUGCUAGAACUCCUAGGAGAAGGUGCGUUUUCUAAAGUUUAUCUUGCCGAGUCUCAUGUUGAUAAAGGGGGUCUAGCCGCUGUUAAGGUGAUUAACAAGAAGGAGUUGUGUAAGGACGAGGACAAGAUGUUUCUGGUUGAGAAGGAGAUUGAGAUCAUGUCCCAACUAGACCAUCCAAAUAUUGUUAAAUUAUACGAGGUCUACGUCAACUCAGAAGAGGUCUGUUUGGUGAUGGAGCUGGCCAAAGGAGGAGAAUUAUUUGAUAAACUUCUAGAGUUUGGUAGUUUACAGGAACCCGUAGCUGCUAAACUAAUGAAUCAGAUUCUCGAAGCAGUGAAGUAUUUGCAUAGUCUGGGAAUUGUUCACAGAGAUUUGAAACCUGAAAACCUUCUUCUUUAUGAUAAUAAGUCUGAUUCUAAGGUGAUGGUGACUGAUUUUGGUUUAUCAGAUUAUGAAGAGGAACUGAGCCCUGAAUCUCCGGUUUGUGGAACCGCAACAUAUUUAGCUCCAGAGGUGAUAAAACGGUCUAGCUCUACCCGGGCCCAGGAUAUGUGGUCUCUAGGUGUUAUAUCCUAUAUAAUUCUCUGUGGAUAUCCACCUUUCUUCAGAGAUAAACAGGAUGAUGGAGAGGAAACUGAGUUGUUGAAACAGAUAGCGAGAGGAAAAUAUAAAUUUCACUCUAAUUUUUGGGAUGACAUCAGCCUUGAGGCGAAGGAUUUCGUGAAAGGUUUGAUGUGCCCGAACCCUGAGAGGAGGAUGACGGUGGAGGAGGCUCUGGAUCAUCCCUGGAUUAAAAACAGAACCAGAAAUUUUUUUGCUGAAAGUCUUCUGCACAGUUUACUGCAGGGAGUUGUUUUAUUUAUUCUAACCAUCUCCUUCUUCUCCUUAUACUUCUACAUUCUCUCCCACUACUUCAAUAUAGAAUACUACUUCGUCACAAAGGUUCAUGAACUAGUGGAUACAGGGAUGAGUUCUGUUCGUCAGGUUUUUAUCUCUUGUCUCCUCUAUCUCUCCAGCAUAUCCUCAACCCUAGAUAUUCAACCUCUCCUUAACCUCUUCUCCUAUCCUAUACCAACCUAGAAUUUUACUAGAUAAUAUGCUGGAAUAAACUGUUAAGAUUAAGUUGAACCCCGGCCUCAUGAUCCCCUUGAUGAACAACCUCGAUAAACUCUCUAGAUGGCCUCCAAAAAGGCCUCUCAAAGCAAGCUUUAAAGCUGACGCACAAACGGGCCUUCCGAUGCGAUUUCUUACAUGGCCUCCUCAAAGGGCCUCCAAGGGGAACAUCUCAAAAUGACCUCUAAAGAGGGCCUACUGCAGGGACGAACUUUCCAGGUGACCUCCAAAAAUUGCCUCCUACAGCACUCUCUUCAGGUUAUCUCCAGAUAGUCCCACUCAAGAUGAUCUCUAGAGAGAGUGUCCUUUGAUCCCCAGAACUCCUUCUUUCAAGAUGUCCUCUAACAAUGGCAUUGUCGGACAUCCUCCAUUUUAAGCUUCCAAACCCUCCAUCUUAAGCCUCCAAACCCUCCAUCUUACUUCUCCUUCAAGUUUACAAGAUUAAUUUUAAAGGAUAAGAUUUCAAUACCGAAAUAUAGUCAGAGUUCCAUUUUGGCAUUUAAACAUCCUAACUUUUGAAUGUUCAACAUACAAGUUUCUCAAGUCCUAUUCUUUAGAUUAGUUUUUAUUAUGAAGUGAAUAUCAUGAAUUCAUAUUUUUAGAAUUUUAUUUUUUGUUUGUUUUUAUAGGUCAUCUAGUUACAAUUUAAUACAUAUAUUUUUAUACAUUUUAUACAGAAUACAAUAUUUUUUUAUUUACAAUUAUACCAAAAAAUGACUCAUUUUUGUCUAACAUAGCUUGAAAUAGAUCUUUUGAAUUUAUAGAGUCGUAUGAAAUGAUUUCUUGUUAAAGAGUUCUCUAAAUAUGUGAUAAAAUGAGAGUUCAGCAUUUUUUUAUGAAAUUAUUUUAAUAAAGAUGUUUGACUGAAA